UCUUUUUUUUUUUUUUUUUUUUUUUGUUUUGUUUUUUUAUUCCUCUCACUGCCAUCCUCAUUUCGACCCAACUGAUCACAAUCGUCACUAUCCGAAUGCACAAUCCAGCAUUGUCCAUGCUGAACGCACCGCCCAGGUCGCGCUCGGUGCCAGUGCUCCGUCGCUCGCCGCCGUUCUCGCUGUCGUUCUCGAUCGCUGCGAUUGCACUCCUGGCACUGACUGUGCUCGCUCCGUCGUCGCCAGUGGUGCUGCUGGGCAGGUCGUUCGCUCCGGGCGUUGUGCUCGCUGCGGCCCAGUCCGAUCAGCAGCAGCAGCAGCCAGACGCAAACGCACCCGUCGUCGUCCUCAGCGAUGACACUGCAGCACAGUCAUCAUCGUCCACCAAGCUCGUCUUUGAGAUGGACGAGUCAACAACGCAAUGCUACUAUGCAGACGCGAUCGCAAGCGAGCCGUUCGUCCUCUCGUACCAGGUCAUCACCGGAGGCAACCUGGACAUUGACGUCGCUGUCGUAGACCCCAACAAUGUCGAGGUCUUCCGUCGCGACCGCUCGACGCUUGAUGGCUUUGAGAUGGUGCCAAAGACGAGCGGAACCUUCUCGAUUUGCUUUAGCAACGAGUUCUCCACGUUCACCCACAAAACCGUGUUUUUCGAUGUCAAGAUUGGCGACCAAGCUGUGGCCGAGAACGAACUCCCCGCCCACACCACUGUGAUGACCAAGAUGGAAAUGGAUGUGCACUCGACCCAUCAGAAUCUCGAUCGGGUCAUUGCAUUCCAGCUGCACCACCGAAUUGAAGAGGCAACUGAUCGGGACUUGGCCGAAGGACUGAACACGCGCGUGUUUGUAUGGUCGCUUCUUCAAGCCCUCGUCAUGAUUGGCGUUGGCGUUGGCCAGGUCGUUCUUGUACGUCGGUUAUUCCAGUCAGACAAGGCUGGACCGUCAUUGUACGGACAGCGACGACCGAUAUGAUUGGCCCGGGCACCCCAUGAGGCUUUUAGAUGGUUGUUUUGACAGCAAAAACACAAACAUAAUAAAGAUCACGACUUUCAUUGGCACGAA